UUGUAAUAACUAUUAAGUACAAAUAAAAUAAAAAUACUGACACGACGAACAACACAACCACAAACGAAGGCUACCGAUGGCUAACUAACGCCAAACUACGAAUUUGAUUUGGACGAACAUUUACCCAGUACCGAAUUUUAACCUACGAAUGGCGAAUGGCGCCAAAUGGUGCAUUCGCUGGCAAUCGUUGGUUCGUGUUCGCGUUCGUUCUCCAGUGUGGACGCACCUUAAACGGACGCGGCCGAAUGUUUAGCGAAUAUGCGUUCGCAUUCGUUCGGUAGCAUUCGCUUGCGUUCGUUCGAGUUAGGGCUCUAAUGUAUCUCACCUUAUGAUACAUCGAUUAUCGCUUAAAGCCCUAACCUAUAUAUUAUAAUAUCCAGCGCGACGGUAGUGGCGCGAAGCUAAGUAAAAAAAAAGCGAAGCGGUCACUACCGUAGUAUAUUACACGAGCCAGAGUUUGCCCAUUGAAUGUGUGUAAAUUUGCCCGUUUUCAUUAGCCAGACCUACAGACCUAAUUAAUGAACGGAUUGGUCUGUUUGUGAUAUCAAUAGAUCGGGCAUGAUUUGUAGAUUAUACCUUUGUCAUUUUCGAAAAAAUUGGUUGAAUAAUAACGAAUAUAUUAGCAAAAAAGUCAAGUAUUUUUGAAGCAAAAAGAUAUUGUGCUCGACCGUUUUUAGUUAUUACGUUUCACGCAGCAGCGCACGAUACCGUAUUACCCCCUCUAUUCCGUAUACGUUUUCGUCGCGGUCGUACACUGGGCAGCGGUUACGACUUGCGGUUUUCGCCGUUGCCCGGCGCCCGCGUCUUCGCUUAUCGUAUUCGUUAUUUCUGUUAUCGACAUUCAUGUUUCUGGUGACGUUCGGUGUAGUCGUUUAGAUCUGUUUAUUCGCCGCCGCCGAGCAAAUCACGUUUUCUUUGUUGUCUGUUGUCUCGUUAAUCGUUUGUUACAGUGUUGUAGUAGGCCGUACUUUAGUUUAUAGUUACCUACUAUACUUUAUUUCUAAAAUGGUUUCUAAGACAUACAAGCAGAAGUUACGAAAAAGGAGAAAUUAUUUUGAAAAAAAAACCACUAGUGUGGCUGUGAGCCCAGUGUGUAUGGAUGAACGUUUAAUAAAAAAUUCGGGUAUAAAUGCAGUUUAGUUCCCACGCGAUUUUUUUGAUUUUUUUUCCACCAAAAUAUGUGUUUUAAAGCACUGAAUACAAAAGUCUAAUUCCAAAAUCCUCGCAAAUCAUUAUUUUGGAAGUUAUAUCUUACCAAAGUUUACGAUUUUACGCAUUUACGUAUGCAUGCGCGCGAAACGCUGUACAUUUUGCUUUUCUACGUUUUCGUAUUGGAUUGUCGCCUAUAAUUAAUUAUUUUAUUUUAUUUUGUUGUUAUUAUUAACAUUAUUAUAAUUUAUAAUUAAUGACUUUCCAAAGGUUAUAGAACUGAUAAUGUUUUAUUUUCGUAUUAAAUAUUACUGUUUGAGGAUUGCUAUGUUAGUGCCUACACGCAUACUCCAGAUCACUACAGUUUUUGUUACAGUUACGACAACAUAUCAUUUUAAAAUGUUAUUUGUUAAUUUUAUUGAGUUGUAUGAUAUAUUUGAACAUAAAACCAAUGGCCCCGUCUCAAUAAGUGUAAUAGAAAAAUUGCAAUCGUGGAAUUUGAUGGGCCCGUGAUUGUGUGUUAAAAUGUAAAAAUGGUCAUUAUUUAAAAUUAUACCCUGAUGUGCGUUCUUUAGACGGGUUUGGUUGGAGAUGUAGGGCACCUAUAAAUAAGCAAAAAAACAAAUGCGACUAUUAUCAAUCGAUUCGCGUAGAUACAUUUUUUCAUAAAUCGCAUUUGUCGUUAUACCAAAUUGUAUCGUUUGCAUAUUUGUGGUUAGAAAAUGUGUCAUUGUCAUUUAUUGUAAAACAAAUUAAAAUUGCUCAACAUACUGCUGUUGAUUGGUCAUCGUUUCAUAGAGAAGUCGUCUUCGAGGCUAUGAUUACAAAUCAUAAUAAGAUAGGUGGAGUUGGUCAAGUUGUCGAAAUUGACGAGUCCAAAUUUGGUCGAAGAAAAUAUAACCGCGGGCAUCGCGUAGAUGGACAAUGGAUUUUUGGUGGUGUUCAGCGAGAAACUGGGGAUUGUUUUUUAAUACCAGUAGAAAAGCGAGAUAAAGAUACCCUUCUAACAGCAAUCAAUGAUUGGAUCUUACCAGGGACUACAAUUAUCAGCGAUUGUUGGAAGAGUUAUCAAUGUUUGGAAGAUGAAGGAUUUGUUCACUUAACGGUGAAUCAUUCUAUUCAGUUCAAAAAUCCGGAAACAGGAGCACACACAAAUACUGUUGAGGGAAUGUGGCGUCACGCAAAGGCUUCGCUUUCUCAAUAUUCUCGCAAAAAACGGUUUUAUGGUGGAUAUUUAGCUAAGUUUAUGUUCCUGAAAAGGUGUCGUAUAUUAAAUAUUGAACCUCUGACGGAAUUUUUUAAACUUGCUGGUGAGCUCUAUGAUCCAAAAGCGAUACAAGAAAAUAAUUUAUUGGUAAGUGAUGAUGAAGCGUCUUCUGAAACGGAUGAAAAUGACGAAGAUUUAUAAUGUAAUAUUGAAAAAAUUAAAAAAAAUUAAAAAACCUUUUUGAUUUCAAAUUUUUGAAUUUUUAAACAUCAAGUACGAUAUUUAAAAUCUUUAUGCAUAUUUCCAUUCAUCAUAAACACAUACAAUUUAAAAAAAAAAAUCAAAAUGUAGUUUUGUUGAUGUUUUUAUCGUAAAUAUCACGUAUUUUUUAAAACAUUACUAUUUUAUAGUUUUCUUGGUAUAACUUCCAAAAUAAUGAUUUGCGAGGAUUUUGGAAUUAGACUUUUGUAUUCAGUGCUUUAAAACACAU